AUGAAUAGCCACGCCAGGUCAGAGAAGGCGCCGCGCACACUACUAGCAGACGCUUUCGGAAUGACUUACUGCCUCUCACCCACAAAGUGCAAUAUUAAACAAAUCAUAUGCGAUAGUUUAUUCAAAAAUGACCUUGUUAAGAACUCUGAGGAAUAUGCCGCAGUUCUUAAUGAGUGUCAUCAAAGAGCAGCUGAUCUGAUACUUGAUGGAUGUCUUUUGAAUGGUGGUGUAUACAUCAAAUUGGGUCAAGGUUUAUCCUCCAUGAACCACCUUCUUCCAUCACAAGUUACGUCAACUCUUGAGGUCCUCCACGAUAAGGCUCUUUAUCGAUCGCCAAAUGAAAUUAAGCGAAUAUUUCAGAAGGAUUUUGGUGCCUCUCCUGAGGAGCUUUUCUGCAACUUUGAAAUUCAACCGUUUGCAGCUGCAAGCCUCGCACAAGUUCACCGAGCCAUUACAAAAGACGGUAAAAAGGUAGCCGUGAAAGUUCAGUACGAGGAUCUUCGUGAGCGUUUUAAAGGUGAUGUGUCAACUCUGGAGUUGUUGCUCCGUUUCGUGAAGUUUAUUCACCCUAAAUUCGAUUUGGCUUGGAUCCUGAGAGAUUUAAAAGAAACUUUGGCACAAGAGCUGGACUUUCAACGUGAGGCCGCGAAUGCCGAACGCUGUCGUAGCGAUCUUGCAUUUAUGGGUAGUCUUCGCCCUUCAGGUUUGGUUCACAUUCCGGUUGUGGAAUGGAAUUUAUCAAGUAAGCGGGUCCUUACCACCGAAUUUAUUGACGGAAUCAAGAUAAAUGAUACUUUGCGUUUGCAAAAGGCGGGUUUCUCUCUCGCCACCAUUGACAAAAUCAUGGUGGCUGCUUUCGGUCAUCAAGUCUUCUGCACCGGAUUUGUGCAUGCUGAUCCACAUCCGGGAAACCUUCUUGUUCGGGAGCGUUGUAACUCGUCGGAAUCCCUCCCUCAUCGUGUGUUUCAUUUUAUUUCUAAGCAUUUCUUUGAAACUCCUGCUCAGUUAGUGAUAAUCGAUCAUGGCCUCUACCAAAGUAUUUCUGACAGUGAACGGCUGACACUAUGUGAGAUGUAUAAAGCUAUCUUAAACAACGAUGAACGUGGCAUCAUGGAAAGUGCCAGGCGUCUUAAAGUUACCGACUACUCAACCUUUGGAGACAUAAUAGUUCAACGGCCUUGGCGUCGGAUGGGACGUGUAUUGUCCAGCAAGCUGACGGAGGUGGAAAAGGCUUAUAUUCGAGAGCAAGCCGAACUAUACUUCGAUCGCAUUCUUGCUGUCCUCCGUGAAAUGCCCCGACCUCUCCUCCUCUUUAUUCGCAAUAUGAACAUGGUGCGAUCUAUCUGCCGUAGCCACGGGGACCGCAUUAAUCGACACGAGUACCUUAUCUACAUGGCCCUUCUCGGUAGUCAGACGUCGAGUACUUUCUAUAUUGACACUGCUUGGAUGUGUUGGAAACGGUACAUUCUCAUGCUUAAGUGGGAGAUGUUUAAGAACUGGUUAUGCCUUCUUGCAUUACGUCUUCUCGCGUUCCUCGGAUUGGCUCCAGAUUUUAAGGAAAUUCAAUCAUUGGCUGUUCAAACGACAUGCAAAAAUCGGCUGCAACACUUGGGAUCAGGAAGUGUCUAG